CUAGCCCAGAUUAAAGAGAAAUGGCGCUCUUUGUUCGACAAAUACAAAGCCGUCAAAGAUAACAACAACAAGACAGGAAGGGACCGUAAGACCUUUGAGUUUUACGAUGAGAUCGAUGAGUUCAUGUCAGGGUCCAACAAAGUGAACCCAAAAUUUGUCAAGGAGACAAGAGUAAUGCAAGUGAGGCCACAGGAUUCCGCAACGAAUUCCGAGAGUAGGGACAGUGAUGAGUUAGCUACUGUCACUACUGCUGAUCCAACAACAGUCGCUGUUGGGGAAAAGCCCAAUGAGAAAGAGGAUUCACCCUGCCCACCAAAAAAGAAGAAAAAGAGAGCAAGCCUUGAUGGAAAAGAGGCAGAAAGUACCAUUCUGAAUCUCAUGGAGGCACAACAAGCAGCCAUCGAGAAAGCAGACGAGAAAGACCAGCAGAUGUUUGAGGCUUUGUUAAAAUCCCAAAGCUACUCUCAACAAAGGCACCAGGAAUUUACUCUUUCUGUCUUGGGCAAACUGGGCGAGAUUUUCUCUUAAAAAAAAUAAAGAAUUUUUUUCUUUACGGUAUACACAACUAAAAAAUCAAUUGUUCAAGUUGUAGUUUUCUGUUUUAAAGGACAUUGAACGUGAAUUUUAAACCAUUUUAUACACAAUACGACAAACGAACUCAUUUUUUUUUUAUUAAUAGAUUAAAGUGUUACGAGGAAAAUUCAUGUGAUAUUAUUUCUAUAUUUUAAUGUUCACAUAAUUUCUUAAAUGCUGCCACUAGGCAUGGCCAUGUUACAGUUUUGCGUCAGUUAUAGUUCAGAACAUACAUGAGAAACAUGAAAGCUUGUAUGAUUAUUAUUAAACCUGGGAAUUCAGUUUUGCUCUUUUAAUGAAAAUUUUAAUAAAAAGAGAGUUUUACUAUCAAACGUUGUGAUUAAAUGGUGAGAAAAGGGUAAUCAGGGGAGUUGUUUUACAAUAUUGAAAUUAUAAAGGGCCAACAACAGAAACAUGGUCUAGCGUUGAUCAGUUACUUGCAAGUAAACCGGGCUCCUCUGUUUUCAUUUUUGGCGGCUGUUCAUGAGGUGUUUACUAUGGAAGGCCUUUACACUAGUGUCCAUACUACCCUAUUUUAUUACGGAACAGAGAGCAUCUCUGAAAAAAAAAAUUAUUGAUUUGCUACAAAUUCAAUUACAGCCAGUCGAACACCAUUUGCAGCCUGGCUGGGAACUCCAUUGUCAUCAUCAUCGCUAUCGUCCUCAACAUCUCCAUCAAAUUCUUCCCCUCGAAUGAUACAAAUGUUGUGAAGUACACAGCAUGCUAUGAUGGUGUUUGGGAUCCUCCAAUGAUCCUCAUCCAAGCACUUCAGUAG